AGAGGCAGGGCAAACCCCGGACAGUCACACAGCAUGCAAACAACCAUCCACACUAACAUUUACAGCUACAGAUAAUUUAGAGUGCACAUGUCUAACUCAAAGCCUUGGGGUCAAAUCUGGCCUGCAACAUCCAUUUAUGUGGCCCACGAGAGAAAGCGUUUAUUUUUUUUCUUGAUAAAUGUGGUGGUUCUUUUCAUUCUGUAAACUAACGUUUCCACACCUGACGACAAGGAACCGGGGACGCUAACAUGUCAGGAGGGAUUGUGCGCAUGCGCAGCUAACGCAGCAACGCCAACUUCCUGCAAAAUAGUGCUCCCUAUCAACAGACAAAGCUUUACACUUUGGAUUCAAUUGGAGAUGCUUAAAUGUUUGCGUUGUGACUUCCCACCUUCAAUGGGUCCGCACAGAAUCCCCAGGUCCAGAGAGUAGGCUGUGACGGCGUGCUGUCUUGUCGGGUCGCUCUGCCGCAAAGAUGGAUGACACGCAGGAGCUGCCGGCAAAGAAAGCCAAGCUUGACGCAGACAGUGGACUGGAGAAAGAGCAAAGUAAUUUGGGAGAGGAUGGAAGCCCGGAUGCUGUGCUCGCCCCAUCAGAGCAGGGAAGCUCUUACUCUGCCUUGUCCAUCUCCCAACUUGGCACACGGGAUCGGGAAUCUGAAGGAGAGAUAGGAGCAGCACCCCAAUUGAACGCAACGUAUGCACAUUCGGCCACAGACACGGCAGCCGGGUCGGAAUACACCCAGCAGGUCUAUGAAGGAAGCAACCCUGUGGCGACAUCAUACCCCAGCCCGGUGGCCUUCCCCACGCUGGCUCACUCUGCUGUGUAUUCAGCUUUUCCGCAGACAGGCCAAACGUAUGGCCUCCCGCCCUUUGGUGCUAUGUGGCCAGGCAUAAAAACUGAGACAGGUCUGCCAGAGGCGGCCUCUGGUGGCCAGCCUGGGUUUCUCAGCUUCAGCACCACAUAUACCUCAAGCCAGCCAAGCCAGCUACACUACUCAUACCCCAGCCAAGGCUCGAGUUUCACAACAUCCAGCGUGUACUCCAACAUCCCAUCGGCAACGGCCGCUACCACAGCAUCCACCACGGUAGCUCUCCAAGACUUUAGCAGCUACAACUCACUGGGACAGAGCCAGUUUUCACAGUAUUACAACCUGCCUGCCAGUUACGUGCCCGCGGGCCUGCCCAACAGCGACGACCACGGAGCCGCCGUGGGAGGGGCCGUGUACUCGGCCGUUAAGUCGGAAGAGGCCGCCUCGGCGGCACUACCUCCCAGAGAUGCGUCCCCAUCAGAGAAUGUGCCGGCAGGGGCGGCUCUGCCCACCAAUGUGUCUCACCCUGCUGGAGCCAGAGACCAAGAUGAGGUCGGACGCAGAAACUCGAUGGGAAAAGCUAAAGGAAAAGCCAAAAAGUGCGACAGCUCCCCACCUACUGAAAACGACCUGGAGCGGAUCUUUCUCUGGGAUCUGGAUGAGACCAUUAUUAUAUUCCACUCGCUACUCACAGGCUCUUUCGCGCAAAAGUUUGGCAAGGACCCGGCGACCAUGUUGAACUUGGGCUUGCAGAUGGAGGAGUUUAUCUUUGAGUUGGCUGACAACCACCUGUUCUUCAACGAUUUAGAGGAAUGUGACCAAGUCCAUGUGGAGGAUGUCGCCUCCGACGACAACGGGCAGGACCUAAGUAAUUACAAUUUCUUGGCGGAUGGAUUUAACGGCCCCAGCGGCGGAGGUGCAGCCGGAGCCACGACAGGCGUCCAGGGUGGUGUGGAGUGGAUGCGCAAACUGGCCUUUCGCUAUCGCCGCCUAAAAGAGAUUUACAACAGCUACAAGGGAAAUGUCGGAGGCCUGUUGAGUCCGGUGAAGAGGGAGCUGCUUUUACGGCUUCAGUCCGAUAUCGAGAACGUGACUGACUCCUGGCUCAGCACAGCGCUCAAGUCUCUACUGCUCAUCCAGUCCAGGGGGAAGUGUGUCAAUGUCUUGGUCACAACCACUCAACUGGUGCCAGCGCUGGCUAAGGUGCUGCUCUACGGCCUGGGAGACGUCUUCCCCAUCGAGAAUAUCUACAGCGCCACAAAAAUAGGUAAAGAAAGUUGCUUUGAGAGGAUCGUCUCUCGCUUUGGGAAGAAAGUGACAUAUGUUGUCAUCGGCGACGGGCGCGAUGAAGAGUUUGCAGCGAAACAGCACAACAUGCCUUUCUGGCGGAUCUCCGCUCACAGCGACCUGGUGUCCCUGCACCAAGCGCUGGAACUGGACUUCUUGUAAACAAGGAGACGGCGGCGGUGGCACGUUAAACGGGGAAAAAAAUUGAGCAGCCAGUUAUUUUUUCUGGACGGACAUUGAUCAAGAAUUCUCUGCGCCUCCAAUGCUGCUCACGUGCUUAUUUACGGACAGCUGUGAGCUGGCUGACAGAUGCUCAAAAGGAACUGAGGUAGAGCUGACUGUGAGAAAACAGACCGGGCGUGCAGUUGGCUGCUUUUAAUGUGUUCGUGCCCAGCACUCCCUAUUCUUUGGCAGCUAAUCUCGCCACAGCUUUAAAAAAAAAAAAAAAAAAAAAAAAAAAACAGAUUCAUGCAGACGCAGAAUGGGCUGUGUCAUUGUUUGAUCCUUUUUAAUUUAAUUUUAGGUUGGGGGGGGACAUAUCCCUCCUGACUUCAAAUUACCAAAGGGCCUUCACUUUAUGUGCAUAUAUUUGAGUUUGCAUUCAAAAUGUUUAAGCCAUUUCUGGGCUCAUUUGCACUCGUUCUGUUUGCACUCAUUUCGACGACAUCCAUCAAGUACAGUGAACCUCCGCCGUUCCUGGGGCAUCAGAAACGAGCCCUAUUGCAACUAACGAAAAGAAAUGUGUGUGAUUGACUCCCCCCAGAAAGGAUUACAGUUGCCUUUCAUUGCCAUGAUGGCAGCAAGGCGCUCCUCGACUCACUUCAGCUUAGUUCCUUGACACAAAGUUGGCGGCUAACUACUAUUUUUUUUUUUUUUAUGGUUUAUUUUUUUUUUGCCGGUAUAAAUCAAACUCGACAACUCACUUCCGCUAUAUCAAGAUGACAACAAAGCACUAUUUUUGUUGAAAUGAAACUCUUCUUCUAUGUCAACAUAGUUCGGGAAUGCCGAAGCGCGACAAUGCAGGGGUUCACUGUUCUUGAUCGUCUGUUUCCUUAUUCGUUUGCCUGCCGUGUCGUCACUGCAAUAUUUGAAAUGAGGAACUGUCAUCAGAAAGUGUCCCUGUCUCGCCACUUGCGUAACCUCACGCAACUCUGCAGCGUGUUGUAAUAAGAGGCGAGAACUAAUUCAAAGUAGUAUUAGUUACAACGACAAGGUUUUGACCCUGUGGAAAUGAUCCAUCUGGAGUUUUCAGAUGAGCUGAAAUGUGUUCACUUUAUGCUUUGAGAGAUGGGGGAGGGGGGGUUUCUUUUCCUGCGAUUAUAACCAUCAUCAAAUACUCAACUGUUGGCCCUUUGGCUUUCUCAUAGCACAAGCCCAAGUGUCCUUCAAGAGUGUUCACAUAUGGAACAUGGUAUUAAAUUCAAGGAUUUGUUGGCCUUUUUUGUUUAAAUAAGUAGAUAAGAAUGUGACCCUUGUAAAUAAUUAUCUAAGUCACAUUUUGUGCGUGUUUGUUUUUUGUUUCUUUUUUUACUAAGCCUGACUCCGCUCUCACAAACACCGAGUAGAUGGUCCCCACUUUCCUCUUUUUAGAAAUGACAGGCCAUUCUAUCCUCAUGUCCACAUGUAGCAGAGAAAUAUUUGGUGCAAUUUGGCAAAUCAACUCCUGAGUAGCUCGCGAGUCAAAUUGAGCCUCCGAAAGUGCUUCAUUCAUGCAAUUGAAUGUCGAAACCAAAUAUCAACCAAAAACUAAAUCCAUUAGUCGAGCAAUCCUGGGUGGGAGUUGUUUAUGUCAGUUAAGUGAACGGAUUUGGACUUGUGGUAAAAUUGAGAAUGAAAGCGAGCUUGAUAAGCUUGACAUCAUCACGCAAACUGAAACGGUACAAAUGAGAUGGCGACUGUGCAAUACAUCUUUCCAUUGCUCAUUAACGAUAGUUUCGAAAGUAAGGGGGCAGGGUCAACUUUGUGUCCACACGCCACGAUGACUGAACAAUUCUGAGCCUGAAGGUUUUGGUCUUUACUCACUCGCAGCUUUCGGACCGUUAAGAAUGUGUAUUUGUGUGCAUUUGUUUGGUUGUUUUGCAUAUUUAUAUUGUGCCUUUAUGUAUCUGUAUGCAUAAUCUCAAAGGGAAAUGUGUAAGUUUUGGUUUAGUCCUUGUAAAAAUGUAUUGGUAUCCUAAGUGUUAUUUCUCCUUUUUUAAUGCGGUUUUGUUUCGCCCGAAUCCAUUACAUUUUGUGGAAAUUCUUUCAAAUUGUCAUUUUUCUCUCGGUUUAGAUGUCAGCAACCUCAUGUGGCGCUGACGAGCCCUUUUCUUUUAAAUGUACUCGAGAAUUUUUUGUUUUAUUUCCCUGAAUCCUGUGUGCUCUGUAUUACUGUUGAAUAGAAUCGUUUGCAUUUAUUAGUUGCUAUGACAUCAUACUGGCUUGGAGACAAUCAAUAAGUACUAAAUGCUAUUACUGGCUCAGAUUACUAAAAGUGGUAACUAAAAAGUACGUUGAACAAAGCAAUCGAAUAGUUUUGGUUCACUUUUAUGUUCAACUGACGGAAUGGCGCUACCAUUUUUGGUACAUGAAACAAUUCUGUUCUGUAGUGACCCCGCAUGCAUAUCAUGUCUGUUUUAAAGUAAACAAUGGGGAUGCAAUGUUAUAAGUACAAUGUUAGUCAAAGUUAUUUUUUUGUAAUGUUUUUUUUUUU